AUGACUAAACUGUUCAUCACUGGCGCCACGGGCUACCUCGGUGGCGACUGCCUAGCCAACCUUGUCGCUAACCACCCAGAGUACUCAUAUUCUGCCCUUGUUCGCAGUACCGAAAAGGCGGAACAGGUGAAGGCCCAGUACCCAUUCGUCCGUAUCGUCAUCGGAGACCUAGACGAUUCAGCUUUGCUGGAGCGAGAAAGUGCCGCGGCGGACAUCGUGCUGCACACCGCAGAUGCGUCAGACCAUGUGGUAGCCGCCAGGGCCAUCCUUGCAGGUCUGGUAUCUGGCCACACCAAGGAAAAUCCAGGCUACUUGCUACACACCGGAGGAACUGGCAUCCUGACAUGGGAGGACAGUGACAACAACGAAUACGGAAAUAGAAGCGAGCACGUGUAUAAUGACUGGGAUGGGGUUGAUGAGCUACUUAAUCUGCCAGAUCAUGCAUUUCAUCGAAAUGUCGACCAGCUCGUCCUCAAGGCUGGCACCCAGCAUGCCGAUGUGCUGAAGACGGCACUCGUUUGUCCGCCUACGAUCUACGGCAAAGGACGAGGCCCAAUCGGCCAACUUUCGCGUCAGGUAUACAUAUUAGCAAAUAUGACGCUUCGUCGCCAGAAAGCCCCGAUAAUCGGCGCCGGCCAGUCUCUUUCGAACCACGUCUAUAUCCACGAUCUAAGUGACGUCUACGCUCUUCUAGUUGACGCGGCAGUUGUAGGCCGAACUGAUGACGGGUUAUGGGGUCCAAAGGCCUACUACCUGGCCGAAAAUGGGGAGCACUGCUGGGGUGAGCUAGCUCAAGCUACAGCAGAGACAGCCGUGAAACUGGGGUACCUGCCCGAGGCAAAGACCGAGGCACUUGAUCCUGACAGUGCCAAGGAGUAUGCAGGAUAUGAGUCUCUUAGUUGGGGGAUGAACUCUCGCGGUCGCUCGCAGCGAGCACGAGAGAUCCUGGGAUGGAAUCCCUCGGGCCCCAGUCUGCUAGAUGAACUUCCGGAAAUUGUUCGCGUCGAGUGGCAACGACUGCAAGAUGCUUCAUAG